AUGCUUGACAUCAAGAUUAUGACGGCCAUCGGGGUUGGCUUGCUGAUCGCCAUAGUCCUGCUGAUGUUCUGUGUCACCAGCCUCCUCUUCAAACUGACCGGCAUGUUGAAAGCUCCGAAGCUUCCGGUGUGUCUGGUCUUAAAAAGUUACCCAUCCAUGGUCACCAGGGACAAGAUCACGGCGGCCUCAUCCCUCACGGCCAGCUGCCUCCCCGACCUCCAGAUCCUCGACGAGUGCCAGCUGUGCGCCGACUCCAAGCCCCUGCCGCCCGGCUUCUGCGACGUGACCGAGGGGCUCUGA